AUGGCGUCGUUUGUGACUGAAGUUCUAGCCAGCUCUGGCAAACUGGAGAAGGAGGAUCUGUCCGGCAAAAUAAGCAAGAUGUCGCGAAAAGUGGAGGACACAAAGGAAGAGGUGUGCGACAUGAUAAAUAAGCGAUACAACGAUUUCCUGCCCAGUCUCCAGUCAUCAGAGGAGUUGAUGCUACAGGUUGAUGCAGUCUCCAAAGAAAUGGACACUCUAAAAAACUGCAUUGAGAAUGAAGUGCAGAACGUCCACGUGGCCGUGGCUGAAUAUACAAAGCUGAAGCAACAGCUGGAGAAAAAUACCGUCAUCAUAACAAUGCUUGGACACCUAAAAGAGUUUCACAGUGCAAUGGAAGAAUUCAACAAGGCUUUACUGGAGAAGAAGUAUGUGGAUGCUGCCAACCGGCUGGAAAGGGCAAGGAACAGUGUGGGGUCACUGAAGCGCUGGAAGACUUCUGAGCUGCCGCUCCUCAGUGCUCUCAGCUCUGAGUUGACAGUGCAGAGAGAGAACCUCAUUUACCACCUGGGAGAUGAAUGGAAGCGCCUCGUCAUCUGGAAGUUACCAUCCACAAAGGAGCCUGCAGGGGAGAUGUCUUUCUUGAAGGUGGAGCUGAAACUGAGCAGUGCUUGCAGUAAGGAUGGCGAACUGAAACCGCCUACACUACUGAGCUCUGUCCUGCAAGCUCUCGCCAUUCAGGGAGACCUUCAGCACAAGAUCAAACUCUUCAGUCAGGUGCUUUUGAAGAACAUUUUGAAGCCGUUGGUGAUGUACGCGUCUCUGUCCGUGAGAGUGACUGAGCAGCAGGGUGAGGGAACCACGUUGGCCCUGCAGUGUUUGGAGGAGAGCGACGAGGAGCGAUGCGCACCUUCAAAGGUCUACAACAAGCUGCUGCUGGUGCUCAAGACGCUUCAUUCACAUCUCCUAGACGUGUCGAUUGGUGAUAAAAUGUUGUCAGCUAUCUUGGGGGAGCUGAUUUGGGAGGAAAUGUCCCACACCAUCAUACAUGAGUGCCUGGUUCACUCCAUCCCCACCAACAGCAGCCAGCUGGAGAAAUACAACACUGUGAUAAAGGAAACAGAGGAGUUUGAGAAGUCUCUAAAGGAGAUGGAGUAUCUGCAGGGUGAUUCCACAGACCUGCUCAAAUAUGCCAGAGAUGUUAACUGUCACUUUGCCAGCAAGAAGUGCAAGGACGUCAUUGUAGCAGCCCGUAAACUCAUGACCUCAAAGAUGCAUAACACAGUCAAAAUCACACCAGACUCAAAACUUCGCCUCCCCAAGCUGCCAGCUCCAAGUUCAGAGGGCAAGGUCAAGCAAGAGAUCUUAAAGGAGGAGGUGACAAUGGAGAACUCAAAGCAGCUGUCUGCGUGGAGUCUGAGGCUGCCAGCCUGUCGCAUCAGUGAGUCAGUGCAGCAGCUGAUGGAGCUGGCACUCGACACUCUGUGUGAAGCUGUUGGGAGCUCAACACAAAGUGCUUUGCAGCUCUUCUUCACUGUGAGAAACAUUUUCCAGCUGUUCUACGAUGUUGUGCCAACGUACCACAAGGAAAACCUGCUUAAAUUUCCUCAUCUAGCUGCCAUCCAACACAACAACUGCAUGUACCUGGCCCAUCAUCUACUCACCCUGGGUCACCAUUUCAGAAACCACCUGCCGCAGCCUCUCAGCGAGGGCGUCGCAACUUUUGUUGACAUGGUUCCAGGAUUCAGAAAACUGGGUGCCCAAUGCUUCUUAGCCCAGCUGAAUGUUCAGAGAGCUGAACUGCUGGAGCGACUUUCCACUGCUCACAAUUUCUGCAACCUGGAUGAUGAAGAUAACUACACUGCAGCUAGCAAAGCAGUACGGCAGGUUAUUCAUCAGUUGAAGCAGUUGGGUACAGUCUGGCAGGAUGUCCUUCCGGUCAGCAUCUAUUGUAAAGCCAUGGGCAACCUCCUCAACACAGCCAUCACAGAAGUUACUGCCAAAAUCAUGAUGCUAGAGGACAUUUCCUCUGAGGAUGGGAACCAUCUCCAGACUUUGUGCCAAACUAUAAUUGAUGAAGGCCCGCUGGUCUUUAUCCCUCUGGCUGAGGAAAAGAAGAAUAAGAACUAUCAGGAGGAAGUGCCCCUCUAUGUGAAGAAGUGGGGCACCUUCAAGGAGCUCGUCAUCGUGCUGCAGGCCAAUCUGCAGGAGAUCGUUGACAGGUGGGCUGACAGUAAAGGUCCGCUGGCUAUGGAGUUCUCCAGUUCGGAGGUGAAGAGUCUGAUCCGAGCUUUGUUUCAGAAUACGGAGAGGAGAGCUGCAGCUUUGGCCAAAAUCAAAUAGAUUCUUGGAAAGAAAAAGAAAAAAAUCCCAAGAUACUAGAGCACUUUUCCACUGUGGAAAAUAUGGACUCUUUGCCUUUAUUCAUUUCUAUUUUCUGUUAUUUGCAUAAAAUAUAAACAUUUACUUGUAUACGGGCUGAACAGCUCAUCACAGAAAUGGUUGAGGUGUUGUCACUGGGGAUUUAUUACUCCCCAGCCCCCUGACGUUGUGUAACCAGAAACUUGCCCUCUGUUGACACAUGAUGCCGUAUUCAGGGUAACUUUGCUGCACUUCAUUAAUCAAACUUACUGAUGUGAUUUCAGGAGUUUAUUUGUUUGAACCUAAGCGCCUCUAAAGGACCGUUAAGUUGUGAAAGACCCGCUCUGGACCUUGGACUUAGUAUUGCAAAUUUUCUUGUUCGAGCAGUGAAACUGAAUUUUUCCAUGAUGUGUGUCUGUGUGUACAGAUAUAACUUAUCCAAAUAAACCAAAACACUCAA